ACCUCCCUCCCAUCAGCCUCCUGCCUUUAUUAUUUCCAAAUUCUUCUCCUCACUUUGCUUUCAAAUCCUCCCGAGUUCAGAUGUGGCUGCUGAAUGUGCUGACUGCUCUCUGCACUUGUGUGACAGUAUGUGGAGCAGACAGCUGCAGUGGAUUUAAACAUCUAGAGAACGGGCGGACGUUCUUCCGUUACGGUGGCCUGAUGGUGGUCUACAGCUGUCGGCCUGGAUAUAAGCUUCAUGGAUACAGGACCAACAGUUGUGUGGCUGGACACUGGUCCCGAGACCCCCCAGUCUGUGUUGGUUUUGGUUGCAGCAGUCCUGGCCCCAUCACACAUGGAACCAGCAGCAUGACGGACGACGGCUCCACGGUCAUAUUCAGCUGCAGCAGCGGCUUCAGGCUUCUUGGUCCUUCCAAGCUGUUCUGCAAAGGCCACAUCUGGAACGGCAGCAAGCCGGAAUGUCGAGAACUCGACCAAGUUGCACCAGAUGUCCAGGUAGAAGGAACAAACUCAGAGGCCGGAGAAGUAAAGGAAGGAUCCCAAAAUAGUCCCACCUCUCUCAUCUUCUCCAAGGACAUUCCCUUAGAUUCGCUGUCCUCAAUUGAGUCCCAAACACAAACCAAUCUCAGCACUCAGGACGUCAACUCUACAACUAACUCACAGAAUGAUGUAUCCCUCCAUAAUCUCACAACUACCAGGUUACCUCAUGCUGCCAGCAUUGGACCACAAACAACCCUGAUGAAGCAUGAACUGGCUGAAGGAGACACAGGCCGAGUCACACAAACAUCUCCUCGUCCAUCUGUUCCCUCUAAAUCACCACCACUACCUGCUGCUGUCUCCGCUACUGUGUCAUUAGAGUCAAGGAAAGCUUCCACGGCAUUUUCAGGAGCUCGUACAUUAACUGUCAGCGUUGCUUCCUCUGUGACGCUCACCUCUACAGUCCAGCAGAACAAGCUGUCAACUUCUACCUCAACACCUCAGGAGUCCAGGAUCCUCACCAGUGAAGCCCAGCUGACCCGUUCUUGUCCUCCAUCCUCAGCACCAAGGGCUGUCAGUAGCUUCUCUGAAACAUUACUGCAUGACUCCACAUCUGCCGCCCCUUCGCUCCGUCCCGACUCCUCAGUUUAUCUAACAGCUUCUCCAAGCGCCCCUCAACUCCAGACAGAGAGUGUCCCCGUUACUAACACGGACACUCCUGCCAACGGUCCUGUGUGUCCAAGUCCCCCAGUUCCUGCACAUGGGUCGAUCCACUUUCACAACGAAGGCACUUCAGAGACCAAACGUUACAUACAGUACAGAUGUAGCCGUGGUUACACUCUGGCUCAUGGAGACGCACACAGCAUCUGCCAGGAAGGAGGAACCUGGAGUGGAGUCACACCAGUCUGUGUCGCAUCUACUUCCUGUUCUAUCGACAACGGAGGCUGUAGCCAGCUCUGUUUGGACUCCAUUCUGCAGAACCAAACCUCCCAUCAGACCCACAGCAGGUCUCAUUGCGGGUGCAGACCUGGAUUCAUCCUCCUGGAGGACGGCCGGACAUGUCGAGACAUCAACGAAUGUCUGGAGCAUCAGAACCAGUGCCAGCACAGAUGCAUCAACUCUUUUGGUUCCUUCAAGUGUGCUUGUGAUGACGGAUACCUGCUCUCAAGUGACCAGACCUCCUGCACAGACGUGGACGAGUGUCUGCAGCCAGCAGCCGUGACUCUCUGCGUCUUCAGCUGCGUCAACACUCCUGGGAGCUUCUACUGUCAUUGUCCAGCUGGAUACCAGCUUCAGACCGGACACAGCCACUGCCAAGACAUAGAUGAGUGUGCUGGCGUUCUUGGACGAGGUCCGUGUGCACAUGAGUGCCACAACUCACCGGGGUCCUUCAGCUGUUCCUGCUCAAGUGGACACGUCUUGGCUGGAGAUGGACUCACAUGCGUCUCUGAGUGUCCGGCUGGUUUCAGGAAGAGCCAGAUCUCAACUGAAAAGCUCCAUGGUCUUAGAGAGGAGUGUGCUGACAUAAACGAGUGCGAGGCGCUGGACUGCGACUGGCGGUGUGUGAACCUGCCUGGCUCUUAUCGCUGCAUCUGCCCAAAAGGAUACUCUCUUCACACCGAUGGGCGGCGCUGCCUCGACAUCAACGAGUGCAGCCGUAAGAACGGAGGCUGUUCUCACCUGUGUGUGAACCAGAGAGGAGGACACAAGUGCGCCUGUCCGUCCACCCACCGUCUCUCCUCUUACAGCUGGAAGAAGUGUGUGCCGAGGGCAAGGAAGUGACCUCUACAUACCGUGGUCUUUGUUUUAAAUUAUCACACCUGGGACAAAUGUACCGACAGAGUAAGUAUAAAUAACGACUUGUUACAGCAGCUUUGCGCAAGAGCACAUUAUUGGUAUGAGAAUUCAGAUGAGAUUCAUCAAGUAUUUUAUUUUAUAAGAAAGUUACGAUGGCGCCACACUGGGAUCCGGUGUCAUUUAAAAGCCACACAACAACACAAUGAGCAUGAAAGGGCCUCUCAUGUAAGAUCCCUGAAUCUAAAUUCAUUCCAGUGUUCUGAAACUCUGUCUAAAACAUUAACAUUUCACUUUUUUUUCCUAACUAAAUAAUGAAUAAACAUAUAAUCUGGCAAUACUUAAAAAGUAUGGGCAGCUACUGACGGUCUAACAUACACUGGUUGUCAGAACAGAUCAGCUGAGAACCAAAUUGGACUCAGCUGAGAUGCACCCUGGAAGGUCUCAACUCACUGUCUCAGAUAGACUUGGCUCUUGAAUAUAUUUUUAUUAUACCUCUGUUUGUACACGAAUACAUGGCCAUCGCAACAAGUAAUAAUAAAAUACAGUAUUGUGUGGACAUGCGCACCAUUCAUCUGCAAGUACAGUUACACAACUCACAUAUAUUUCUAUACACAAAUGAGGGAGGACAACACAUACAUGCACACUGGUCUCACUGUUGAGAUUUCCCUAAUUUUAGCACCAAACUAAACAACUCUGGCCAAUUAAAUAUAAAUAAAUAUAAAUCAGGAAUGACUGGCGCACUCUAUUCCCAUUAAAAACACUGGAAUUUAAAUGUAUCAGUUCAGAGAUUAGUUCAUAAGAUGAUGUCACACGCUCCUGGGAGUCGCAAGUCAGAAUU